AGAGGGUGGAAGCGGAGUGGUCUGGGAAAAUGGCGGAGUUCAGAAAGGAAAUGGGUCGUGCGAUGGAGCUCAAGAGCCAGGAAUUGCGCAUAGCGCUCGAACUUGAGGUGCGAGAGAGGACUCCCGGGCUGGACGUGGGUUCGUCUUCGGAACAAGAACGUUUAACAGAGCUGGAGCGAGUUGUGGAAGAUCAGAAGCAAGAAAUUGGGCGGUUGCGUCUGAGGGCCGAGACUGCGGAGGCUGAGCUUGUUCGCUUGCAGCAGUCAACGCGAAUGGUAGCAAAGUCCCGGGAGAGAGCGGAGGAGGGGCUGUUGUGUCUGGACACGAAGCAGCUGACACAGGUAUCCGCAGUCGAGAGCUUGAACUCGUGGGCAUCGCACGCCGCUUCUCCAAGGCUGCUGUCGUGUGCCGCUGACAACGGGCCUCCAUCUUCGGCACAGACAAACGCUGACUUCAAUUUCAGCUGCGCGUUCCAGCAGAAAGCUUCUUCAUGUGGUCAAGUGUCAACGUGUCCGGCCAGCCCUACAAGCCCCACAGCUUCGGCUUCGCCCAGCGCUGCAGCCGCCAGGAGAGCCCGGAUCGAGAACAUCUUCCAGCUGUGCGGGGACGGUCGCGAGAGGUGCAAGACGGCCAACUCCCCCAAGCCGCCCAAGCCCCCCGGGAACAAGUCGAGCCGUCCGUUGCGGGCGGUGGAAAAUCAAACCGCCGCAGUCAGUCCGCCGCCACCAUGCAAGCUGCGCAGGCACGGUGAAAACUUAGCGCCAUUCCCAGAGGUGCCCUAACCUGCAAUGGCUUGUGCGGUGGUGACCGGAGGCAGAGGGUUCCUGGGACGGCACCUGGUGCACAAGCUGCUGGAAUCCGGCAAAUGGGAGGUGGUGCGGAUCAUGGAUCUGGCGGCUGGCCUGGCGGUGGACGCGGAUGAGGAGAAGGCGUUGAGCGCGGCUCUGGAGAGCGGCAGGGCGCAAUACGCUGGGGUUGAUCUCCGCAAUCUCCCCCAGGUGAUUCAAGCUCUCGAGCAUGCCACCGUUGUCUUUCACAUGGCUGCACCCGAUUCCUCCAUCAGCGACUGGAAGCUGCACCACUCGGUCAAUGUGAUUGGCACGCGCAAUGUGAUUGAGGCGUGCAUCGAGCAGGGUGUGCACAAGCUCAUCUACACCAGCUCACCCAGCGUUGUGUUUGACUACAUCAAUGGGGUCAAGGAUGCGGAUGAGAGCCUGGCGUACCCAGCCAAGCUCAUGGAUUCGUACUCCGAAACCAAGGCGCAAGCCGAAGCACUCGUCCUGGAUGCCAACGGUAGGCAUGGGCUGGCCACCUGCGCUAUCCGCCCGAGUGGGCUGUUUGGGCCGGGUGACCGGCUGUUUUUACCGUCGAUUGUGGCAGCAGCCAGAGCAGGCAAGCUCAAGUUUCAGAUCGGGAGCGGCGACAACAAGUUCGACUGGACCUAUGUUGAGAACGUGGUUCAUGCUCACGUGUGUGCCGAGGAGGCAUUGGUGGAUGCAAGCGGUGUUGCUGCUGGCAAGGCCUACUUCAUCACCAACUGCGAGCCGGUCAAGUUCUGGGAGUUUCUGUCCGAGUUCCUGGAGCGAUUGGGAUACCCGCGGCCCCAGUACCAGCUGCCAGUCGCCUUGGUUCUGCCCCUGGCCUGCAUUGCCGAGUGGGCUUGCAAGCAGCUUGCACCGCUGGGGGUCCCGAUGACGCAGUUCACCCCCGCCAGGAUACGCUACAUGAGCUUGUGGCGAACGUUCAGCUGCGACCGAGCCGCGACUCUGCUCAAGUACAAGCCGCUCUACACAGUGGAGGAGGGCAUCCAGCGGACGGUGACGUCGUUCCAGCACCUGCGGGCUUCCCCAGCCGCCGGCGGCGAUGGCAAGUCAGCGGCACGUUGGUGGUGGAUGGUCCUUGUAGCCGUCGUUUUGCUCGCGGUAUUUUUCCAGAGAUUCCUCCACGAGGUAGCCUAGACUAAAGAAAGAAACAUUUUGGUGCGAAA